AUGCUCACGACGAUGCCUCGCCUCUACACGCGUCGACCGUCGCCCACCACGGCCGAGUUCACCGUCACCACCCUGCCCCCACCAACGAUCCCCUUGCGCAUUCUACGCGUCCUCCUGCUCGCGCUGCGCGUCGCCCUCGUCCUGCUCACGGCGCUCGCCCUCCACGCGCGAUGGCUCAGCAGCCCCUACGCCCAGCAUUCCUUGUCCACGACGUGCCCCACGGGUGACGGCUGGUUCAGCCUGGAGGCCGUCUGGUACGCGCUCGACACGCUCCACAAGUCAGGCCUGGGACAGCUCGUGGGAGGGCUGGUAGAAAACGUGCCGCUCGUCGUCCUCCUCCCCGUGGCCGCGGCGCUCUGCUACCUGCUGGCAUUGCGGGUGCACACGACCGAGUCUCUCCUCGUGAUGCGCGGUCUCGGCAUGCAGACGAGCAGUUCGCCCGCGACGUACCUCGCCAGCGCCACCUCGCGCUUCAUACCGACGGAGAAGAUACGGGACGUUUUCGUCAAUGAGGCCUUUAGGGGGUUCGAGGUGCGGUACUACCUGAUUGUCGUCGUCGAGGGGGAGGAGAAUGUCGUCGUCGUGUUCCCCCGGCUGUUGCCGCGCAGGGCCAUUGUGGAAACGGUCUGGCGAUGCGCACGGGCGUGCUUAUACGAAGGUCGGUGCGGCGACACGACGGAGGAAAAGGGGUGA